AUGUCAUCGUCCGGCAAAGACAACAGCGGAGCGCCGCAUGCCAAUUACGUGGGACCAUACCGUUUGGAGAAGACGCUGGGCAAAGGACAGACAGGAUUGGUCAAGCUUGGAGUUCACUGUGUAACAUGCCAGAAAGUCGCAAUUAAGAUCGUCAAUCGUGAGAAACUCAGCGAGUCAGUACUAAUGAAGGUGGAGCGAGAAAUAGCCAUUCUGAAGCUCAUAGAACACCCACAUGUUUUAAAGCUACACGACGUCUAUGAAAACAAAAAAUACUUGUACCUUGUACUAGAACAUGUAUCCGGUGGAGAACUCUUUGACUAUCUGGUGAAGAAAGGCAGAUUAACGCCAAAAGAGGCCAGAAAGUUUUUCAGACAGAUCAUGUCUGCGCUGGAUUUUUGCCACAGUCAUUCCAUAUGCCACAGGGAUCUGAAGCCUGAGAAUCUGCUGCUAGAUGAAAAGAAUAACAUCAGGAUAGCAGAUUUUGGCAUGGCCUCUCUUCAGGUUGGAGACAGCCUCUUGGAAACCAGCUGUGGCUCUCCACACUACGCGUGUCCAGAAGUCAUCAGGGGGGAGAAGUAUGAUGGAAGGAAAGCGGACGUAUGGAGUUGUGGUGUUAUUCUAUUUGCCCUAUUGGUGGGAGCGCUGCCAUUUGAUGAUGACAACCUGAGGAAUCUGCUCGAAAAAGUGAAGUUGGGAGUGUUUCACAUGCCCCACUUUAUCCCUCCGGACUGUCAGAACCUCCUGCGGGGAAUGAUAGAAGUGGAUGCCUCCAAAAGACUUACGCUAGAACAGAUCCAGAAGCAUACGUGGUACAUAGGGGGUAAGAAUGAGCCAGAGCCUGAGCAGCCUGUGCCGCGGAAGGUGACCAUACGCAGCCUCCCCUCGGCAGAUGACAUCGACCCAGACGUCCUGGACAGCAUGCACUCUCUGGGCUGCUUCAGAGACAAGAACAAACUGCUGAAAGACCUCCUAUCGGAUGAUGAUAACCAAGAAAAGAUGAUCUAUUUCCUGUUAUUGGACCGUAAAGAGAGGUACCCCAGUCAAGAGGACCAGAACCUUCCCCCUCGCAACGAGAUUGAUCCUCCAAAGAAACGGGUCGACUCUCCCAUGUUGAACCGACACGGCAAACGGAGGCCAGAGAGGAAGUCCAUGGAGGUCCUCAGUGUCACUGAUGGAGGCUCACCUGUGCCGGCUAGGAGGGCCAUCGACAUGACGCAGCAUGGCCAACGGUCGCGGUCUAUUAGCGGAGCCUCCUCGGGCCUCACCACCAGCCCGCUCAGCAGCCCACGGGUAACCCCCCACCCUUCCCCCCGAGGCAGUCCCCUACCCACCCCAAAGGGCACUCCGGUGCACACGCCCAAGGACAGCCCAGCAGGGACUCCGACCCCUACACCACCCCCAAGUCCCUCCAUUGGCGGUAUGCCAUGGAGGACGCGCCUCAAUUCCAUCAAGAACAGUUUCCUGGGAUCACCACGCUUCCAUCGCAGGAAACUCCAAGGUUUGUUUCCCACACAAGAAGAGAUGUCCAGCCUCACUCCAGAGUCUUCCCCAGAACUUGCCAAAAAAUCCUGGUUUGGUAACUUCAUCAGCCUGGAAAAAGAGGAGCAAAUCUUCAUCGUUAUCAGGGACAAGCCGCUCAGCUCCAUCAAGGCCGACAUCGUUCAAGCAUUUCUCUCGAUUCCGAGCCUGAGCCACAGCGUCAUUUCGCAGACCAGUUUCCGAGCAGAAUACAAGUCCAAUGCCGGCCCUACAGUCUUCCAGAAGCCGGUCAAAUUCCAGGUGGACAUCACCUACACGGAGAGCACAGCUGCCACCAAGGAAAAUGGCAUCUACUCAGUCACCUUCACACUGCUCUCAGGACCCAGUCGGCGCUUCAAGCGGGUAGUGGAGACCAUUCAGAGCCAGUUGUUAAGCACACAUGACCAGCCUGGAGUCCAGCAGCUGUCUGACGAGAAGAACGGCCAGGUCCCAUCCAAGCGCUGCCCCUCGCCUGCGCACGUCCGCAGGCACGAGCAGGAAAACCAUGCGUCCAAAUGUGCGCUGGUCCAGUUGACACUACAAGAGGAGUCACUAGAUCCCAACUAG